AUGUAUUUAUCAUCGAUAAAUAAAAAAGUAUUAUUACGUAUUUUUGAUAUAAGAAAAGUAGAUGCUAGUAAUCAAUUACAAUCGCCGUUGUUGAUCGAAACACAAACAACGAAUGUUUAUGAAUUUGUUUGUAAUCAAUCAAAAUGCUAUUAUUCAUUGUACAAUUUUAAACAUUUCGAUUUGCGUUCAUUAUUUGGUCUCGACGACAAUUGUCUGAAAUCAUCAUCAAAAUCAACUUAUGUAUCAGUUACAGAAGCUUUAACUUUUAAUUAUUUUCAAUCAAAUUUUGAUAUUAUUGGUCAAUUAGAAUUUGUAAACUCGAUAACAGAUCAGAAUGAACAAAUAAGGUGA